GUUUUCCACGUAUUGGCAGCAGAUGGCAUCCUUCAAGGUCCUCUCCAGCAUGGUUCUAGCUCUCGGAGUGAUGAUGGUAUGAUCUGUAUUCUUCACCUGUGGCACCAGGACUCCCAGCUCCUGGCGUUCCUUGUACCACGUCCAGUGGCAGCCGAUACGCUUCCCCUGUCAUCGCGUAGCAUUGCGGGCAUGAGUCCAGAGCGAAGCAACGUCUCCUCCCUCUCUUCCAAAUUCUUCUUCCAGGGAGCCAUUCAGUUUAUAUAGAAUAUUAUUGUGGAAACUGCCGAAUGAAGUAAUAUAUUUGGUUUGGAUUUCCACUUUCUGAAGGAUACCUGUUUGGCUCAGAUAAUCUCUUGAUCCUUGCCGUUUAGCCAACCAUCCUGGCGGCUUAUUUUUUCUUGCCUUCCUAGUUCCUUUUCUCUUUAAAGGCAAUAAUGAAUCAAACGGACAAAAAUCAACAGGAAGUUCCUUCAUACCUUAAUGACGAACCACCAGAAGGUUCAUUGAAAGAUCAUCCACAGCAGCAGCCUGGCAUGCUUUCUCGUGUGACUGGUGGCAUCUUCAGUGUAACAAAGGGAGCUGUUGGUGCCACGAUCGGUGGUGUAGCCUGGAUUGGAGGAAAAAGUUUGGAAGUGACCAAAACAGCUGUUACAGCAGUGCCUUCCAUGGGAGUGAGUCUGGUUAAAGGAAGCGUUUCUGCUGUGGCUGGGGGCAUUACAGCUGUAGGAUCUGCUGUCACAAGUAAAGUGCCUUUAACAGGGAAGAAAAAGGAUAAGUCUGACUAAAGGACUGAGACCUAGUUGAUUUCCAUAAUACUGUGUCGGUGGCAUUGGAAUCUGCUAAGAUUUGGACUACAACAAAGCCACAUGUCUUAGACACUUAUCUUCUACAGAGCUGUGGGAAAACUUUUGCUUUCUUCUGAAGGGACAGAAGAAGCUGACAGCACAGUGUGUGAAGGUUCAAUUAUAACCUAGAUUCAAGCGUUAUAUCUGGUGAAAUGUUACACUUGAUAAAUGUAGAACCAAGUACAUGUAUAUGAAGGGAUAAUACAUGUUUGAAUAUUCAUUUACUGUAAAUCUUUUGCAGUAUGGGACUAAGAUGUGAAAGUAAAAAAUUAGUUGGCAAUCUUUGCAGUACUAAAUGUAUGAUGUGCCAGCUACCAUUCUUAGUGGUUUCUGCAUCCUCUUGAUAAGGAAUCCUUGAACUAUGUAAAGGCAUCUUCUGAUGUGCCUGAUAAUUUCAUAUAUUUUUUGCUUUUGGAAACUGUAUUUUUAUACAGAUUAUAAACUCUGUCGGUGCAUUCUGUUAGUGAUGGCUGGCAAGAGACAGAACUGGAGAUGUUCAGAAGUGGAGAUGGGGGUGGGGGGAGAAGUAUGCGUAAAAUGGUUUGUGAUAGAAGGCAUCUUAAAAGUUUUAUGUUUGCGGUAUACUGAUUUUAAUAAUUCAUGCCUUAUGGUUGAAAAACUAUUUUUCAUUUAGUGAAGCUGUGUAAAGAAUGUUUUCUAAUGUCCAUUUCAACACAGUUCAUAGAACAAGCUUUAGACACUUUUUUUAUAUGUGUUGAUAUCUGAAACUUAGCCAUCUUUUACUAAAGACAAUACUGCUAAAUCUCAGGUGUAUUUUAAAGGUAUCACUCUAUCACCUGCAAAUGAAAGCUUACUACUUGUGACUUUUUAGCUAGAAAACAAUAGAAGGGAAAUGGCUUAGUUUCAAUUAAACCGAGGUUCAUGAUCCAUAUGGCAAUGGAUGGCAACCUGUAGUUAUCUUGAGAGAAAUUCCUUUGCUGUGAAGUUGGAAACCACUGAAGAGUGAUCUAAUUAAAGAAAAGCCGCUGUCUAACUGCAUGCCAUACCAGUUUAGUUUGUUGCUUUAACCAUUCACCAUCUCUUAUAACCAAGAUAUAAAGAUUUUUUUCACUACAUUUAUAUCUCAAGUACAUUUUUACUUAAAACACAGCACUGUACUAUUUAAACAAAUAAACAAGACUGACAGAAUGUUUAAAGCAGGAGAAAUGUCAUCUCAAUGAAUUGCAUAGGGACAGAUUUCCAACCUUGACACUCCUUUGAAUGGCUGCAUUCUCAUACAUCUUCAAGGAUGUGCAUGGGCAGGAUCUAAAUGCAUGACAUGACACAGGCUCAGUUAGUCAAGAUCAUCUGACUCUGCAGCUAAAAAUAACCUUUUGACAGCCUGUAAAAGAUGGCGGAAGUUUUAUGUGAAUAUUCUGUAUGCAGUAUUUCCUAAAAACGUAUGUCCCUGCAGAGAAUUUCUAAACACGUGAGCUUACUUUUAAGUGGCUAUAGUUGUACAAGGAAGAUAUAAAUGUGUUUUUGUAGAAAUUAAAGGUCAAAAGGUAUCACUUGUCUAAAAUUUUUAUUCCUGUUUAACUGAUGUUGAUAUGGUAAACUAUUUGAUAUAAAUUAGUCAGCUAGUAUGUCUGAACUAUUGGUAUUUCAGCUGUGAUCUGAAGCAACUUUCUUCAUUAGACAUCAUUACUGUUAAACUGUCAGAUAAAUAUAUAGUUUCUAGCUACUCUGUAGAAGUGGAAAUGAAAUCUUAAAGUAUGUAAUUUUUUUUUUAAAAGAUUCCAAGUAAAGAAAUUAUUUACUCAUCUUGUUUGAGUAAAGCAUCUUGCAUUGCUAUGCUAAUCUGUCAUAUACCAUUUUUGGGGAUUGAAGAAGUCCAUGUAGUAAAUGUAAGUUUAUCAUCUGAUAGUUCAGAGCCCUUGACACAGAGUGGUAUGACAAUCAACUAUACAAAGAUUCACAAAUAUUACUACAUUCACCGUUCAACAAAACCCUUACUAAUAAUCUUUAUGGAAACUCUGGGCAUUUUAGAGUGUUAAAUUUAAAACACAAACUCCUUACCCUUUUUGAUAAGCGAUUUAAAUGUUUUUUUAAUAACAGACACUAUGAAACUUGCAGCAAACUAAGUGUAGUCUGAGAAGUUUCUUGCUAUAAUCUAUACAACUCUACCACCAUCUUGCAGCAUGUGUUAGGAGCAAAAUGUAUUAUUCAGUUAUUCUGAAUUCUUGUAACUAAAUGCUUUAAAGUAGUAUAGGGUUUCAGUUUAGAGCUUGGUCCUAUGCUGUCUGCAUAUUUUUAUUUUCCACUUAAUGUAUGACUGUGACCCUUUUUUCAAAACUGUUCUAAUUCUGUCCUGCUUGGAACUUGUGAAACAUUAAAUUGUUGCAGUUUGA